AGAGCAGAGAGAAGAUGUGGACAUUCACAAGAUGGUGAAGAUGCAGUGGAGUCUGUUUGUGUUCAUUGUGAUGGGUCAGUGUUCCUCCAUUGGGGGUCAGCUGUAUGACUACCACUUCAUUGGAGAGGAGAAGACCUGGAAAGAAGCCCAGGAGUAUUGCAGAACGUACCACACUGACCUGGCCACAGUGGCUAACGAGACAGACAUGAAGAGACUCCUUAACUCCACGACUGCAAAGCAUGCAAAGUAUCAAGCCGGAGCCUGGAUUGGGCUGCAACACAACACAACAAACACCGUGUGGCGCUGGUCUCAGUCAGGGGUGGAGUUCAACGAGAGUGAGAGUAAAUGGUCUGACAAUCAGCCGGAUACUGAAGGCUGUGUCAAUAAAGAUAACUGUGUGUGGAUAGAGAAAAACAAAUGGCAUGACCACUCUUGUGAUAAAAAAAUUUUUUUCAUCUGCUAUGACGAAAACAAGAUAUCCAGUGAAAACAUUCAUAUCAGUCACCAGAAGAUGAAUUGGACAGACGCUCAGAGGUUCUGCAGACAAAAUUACACUGACCUGAUCAGUGGAGUCAAAAAGCUAGAAGAAUUCAAGACACAGCGCCAGAAUUAUCCAAAACAGCCCCAGAAUAAUGCAGAACCUUUCUGGAUCGGCCUGUUCAGAGACUGCUGGAGUUGGUCAGAUGGGAGCAGUUUCUCCUUCAGAUCCUGGGAUAAAGAUGAACCUAAGAAACAAGACCCUGAGAAGACAUGUGCCAUGACUACGUCAGAUGGAAAAUGGAGUGCUGAUGACUGUAAUAAAACCAAACCCUUCUUCUGCUACAACGAUUCAGUGAUCCUGAUCAACCAGAGCAUGAUCUGGGAGGAUGCGUUAUAUUACUGCAGAGAUCACUAUCGCGACCUUGUCUCCAUCACCAACCAGGACGAUCAGCGCUGGGUCCAGGAGAGAGCCAAGAUGGCCUCCACUCCCCACGUGUGGCUGGGACUGCGCUACACCUGCACUCUGGACUUCUGGUUCUGGGUCAGUGACGAGACGGUCCGCUAUACCAACUGGGACCUCCCCCAGCCUGGGGACGACUGCAACAUGUCUGGAGCCAUGGCCCGAAAUGGAACUUGGGUCAAAUUGAUCGACGAUGACCACAAGCUUAACUUCAUCUGUUCCAAGUAAAAACCAGCAGAAUGUAACUAAGUUACAUUUACUCAAGUAUUGUACUUCAGUAACAAUGUUGUUGAGAUGAGGUACUUUACUUAGAUCUCAAAGUUAAUAUUUCAAGUAAAAAAGU